GGUGACUUGGUGCCCACUGUCUUGCCAGAUGACGCGGUGCCCGCUGUUGAGCCAAAUGACCUGAUGCCUGGUGACCCGAUGCCCGCUGUCCAGCCAGACGAUCCAAUGUCUGACCCAGUGCCCGCUGUCGUGCCAAUUGAGUCAGAGCCCACUGUCGUGCCUGAUGACGCGGUGCCCGCUGUUGAGCCAAAUGACCUGAUGCCUGGUGACCCGAUGCCCGCUGUCCAGCCAGACGAUCCAAUGUCUGACCCAGUGCCCGCGGUCAUACCAGUUGACUCGGAGCCCACUGCCUUGCCAGAUGACGCGGUGCCCGCUGUCGAGCCAAAUGACCUGAUGCCUGUGCCAGCGGUCAUGCCAGUUGACUCGGAAGCCCACUGUGUGCCUGGUGACCCGGUGCCUGUCGCUCCGCCCGCCUGGGGGCCCGAGACCUGUCGCUCCGCCUGGGGGUCCGGCGCCCGCCGUUCCGCCUGGGGGCCCGAGACCUGUCGCUCCGCCUGGGGGGUCCGGCGCCCG